AAACCUAUUGAAAACGAAUAUUACUCAGACGUGGCCAAUAUUUCGUCUAUCUCACGGAAAUCUAGCUGUUCUUCUAUUACUUUAUCUCAAGAACCUCUGAAAGAACGCUUUGACUCCAAUACCAGUGUAAAACUGACGACAAUUUUGAACCAAAAUAAAAUUGGCAAAAGAAUUUUAGAGACCUAUAAAAAAUACGAACAUAUAAAUGAAGAUCAACGAAAUUUAAUAAUUACAACAAUAGCUAGUUAUUUUCAUGCAAAUGAGUUGCACAUGUCUUUACAAGAAAGCUAUAAUUUGGAAAAACAAAUAAUAGAAAUGUUUCCCAAUGAGAAACUCCAUUCUUACCGCACCGACAGACGUGGAAAGCUAUAUGUAAAAUACAACAAUAUGAAAAGAAACCACAUUUAUCAGAAAGAUAGAGAUGUCAAUUCACCUAAAGCAUCCAAACCUGCAGAUUAUAUCGUUUCUGAAGAAAACGCCAAAGAAAUAAUUCAUAGUUUAAAAUACGAUAAUGUCGACCAAGAACAAUUUUUAAAAAUGUGGCAGUCAUGCGCAAAUUACCGAAUACGUCAAAUUUUUGACGAGCACGAUAACCUUAAGGAUAUAUUUAAAACCUGGCCACAGUAUAAAGAGGGUCUUGGAGUAAAAUUGAUUAACAUGGACUUCGGAGUGCUGCAUAAAGACUACACACCAAUAUUCGAAUGGGAAACUAAACUUAUUACGGUGUAUAAUGUGAUUAAGAAGGAAAAAUACAUUAAAGAUGCUGGAAUUAAAUCAGUUUUCGAUAGAAUUGAUCCAUCAGACGCAGCUUCAAACAUGUCUUUAUUUAUGAUGCGCUUGACUUGGUGUCUACACGGCUACUUAUAUCCAACAUCAAAAUACCUCCGUAAAGAUAAAGAUGGAAAGAAAACGUAUGGGAAAUACACCAUAAAAGACUCCCAAGAAUCGUCAAUAUUCCUCGCACGAAGUAUCCAAGAAGUAGACAACCACUUAAAUUUCUUAGAAAAGAGAAAUGAGAAUAUUCAACCUUUUAUUUUUGUUGUUGGAGAUGACAAUUUAGAAGAUAAUGACUACAAUUUCUAUGUUUAUUUAGACCAUGCAUUGCUACAUUUUGUAGAUUUCCAGCGAGCACUAGAUACUUGCUUCAAAAGCUUUUUCUUAUUUAAUUUAGAAUUUCCCGGAGCAUCCAAUCAGUUCUGGAUCUUUGUUCAAGAGUACUUCUAUGACAUGAAAUCAGCUCACACAAAAAAUUUUUCAAAAAUACUAAAUAUUUUAAGCGAUUUAAAUUAUACCGAGAACUGAUUUAUAUAUAAAUUAU